AUGGCAGAGAAAUGCGACUGUAUCGCCAGUAUGUACGGGUAUGACCUGGGCUGUCGCUUCAUUAAUUUUCGCCCCCUGGGCUUCGGGGCCAACGGGCUGGUGCUGUCAGCCCUCGACAGCAAGAGCUGCCGCAAAGUGGCGGUGAAGAAGAUCACCAUUGGUGAUGCGCGGAGCAUGAAACACGCUUUCCGGGAGAUCAAAAUCAUCCGCCGCCUGGACCAUGAUAACAUCGUGAAGGUGUACGAGGUGUUGGGGCCGAAGGGGACCAACCUGCGUGGGGAUUUUUUCAAGUUUAACAUGGUGUACAUCGUCCAGGAGUACAUGGAGACGGACUUGGCACGGCUGCUGGAGCAGGGAAAGCUCGCCGAGGAGCACGCCAAGCUCUUCAUGUACCAGCUGCUGCGGGGGCUGAAGUACAUCCACUCAGCUAAUGUCCUCCACCGCGACCUCAAGCCGGCCAAUAUUUUCAUCAGCACGGAGGACCUGGUGCUGAAGAUCGGUGACUUCGGGCUGGCCAGAAUCGUGGAUCAGCAUUACUCGCACAAGGGUUACCUUUCCGAAGGCUUAGUAACAAAAUGGUAUCGCUCCCCUCGUCUCCUCCUCUCACCGAACAACUACACCAAAGCCAUCGAUAUGUGGGCAGCCGGCUGCAUCCUCGCCGAGAUGCUGACGGGAAGGAUGCUCUUUGCUGGGGGUCACGAGCUGGAGCAGAUGCAGCUUAUUCUGGAGACGAUCCCUGUUAUCCAUGAGGAAGACAAAGAGGAGCUGCUCAAAGUGAUGCCCACAUUCAUCAACAGCACCUGGGAAGUGAAGAAGCCACUGCGCAAGCUGCUCCCCGAAGUGGACAGUGAAGCUAUUGAUUUUCUGGAGAAAAUACUGACAUUUAACCCCAUGGAUCGAUUAACGGCUGAGAUGGGUCUGCAGCAUCCUUACAUGAGUCCGUAUUCCUGCCCUGAGGAUGAACCGGUGUCUCAGCAUCCAUUCCGGAUUGAGGAUGAGAUUGAUGAUAUUUUACUGAUGGAAGCCAACCAGAGCCAGAUGUCUAACUGGGACAGGUAUCACGUAAGCCUGUCUUCUGAUUUGGAGUGGAGACAUGAUAAAUACCACGACAUGGAUGAGGUUCAGCGGGACCCCCGGGCAGGGUCUGAAUCCAUCGCUGAAGAAGCACAAGUUGAUCCACGGAAAUACUCACAAAGCAGCUCAGAGAGGUUCUUGGAGCUAUCCCACUCAUCCAUGGACCGAGUAUUUGAUGCUGAUUGUGGGAAAUCGUGUGAUUACAAGGUGGGGUCACCUUCCUACUUGGACAAAUUGCUGUGGAGAGACAAUAAGCCUCAUCAUUACUCAGAGCCCAAGCUGAUAUUAGAUUUAUCCCACUGGAAAAGAACAACCAUAGCACCCGCAGCUGAGCUGUCGCUGGAAGAAGAACCAUCCAACCUCUUUCUGGAGAUUGCUCAGUGGGUGAAGAGCACGCAGGUGGGUCUCGAGUGUCCCAGCCCUCUUCCGGAGAUUCAGGAACGGAGCCUGCCAUCUUCUCCUCACCAUCUCCACAAAGAACCCACGGAGGUGAACAGUGAAACAGACCCUGAGUUUGACUUGGACGUCUUCAUUUCCAGGGCACUGAAACUUUGCACAAAACCUGAGGAUCUUCCAGACAACAAGCUCAAUGACAUCAACGGGGCCUGCAUAUCUGAGCACCCCAGUGAGAUUGUACAAACAGAGGUGUACCAGAAAGAGCGAUGGUGA